AUGCGUACUCAAUCCGUCAUUUCUAUUGCGCUGGUCGCAUUCACUACCACCCUCCAUGCCGCGCCCAUUCAGAUGACAGAAGAUGUCAAGGCAGCUAUGGGUACGGUUGGAAGGGGUCUUCAGAUGCUCUCCGGCCGAACGAACCUUGCAUCUAUCGUAGCCGGCAACGUUAUGCGUGAUCUUCAAGCCGAUGCUGCAGCUCUGCAAGCCCAAUCCGAUGCUGUUCAUGCUGGCGAUGCCGAAGAUCUCACACCAGAGGAGGAAGCCGAAAUCGAUGCGGAGGAUGCUGAAAAGAGAGACUUGACAGCGGAGGACGAAGAGGAAAUAGACGAAGAGGUCGCGGAGGAGGAUGCUGCAAAGCGAGACCUUCAAUCGGAUGCCGCGGAGCUCCAGGCUCAAAGUGAUGCAGCCUAUGCAGGAGACGCUGAGGAUUUGACACCCGAGAAAGAGGCAGAAAUCGACGCAGAAGAUGCAGAAAAGCGGGACUUGCAAUCAGAGGUGGCAGAACUCCAAGCUCAAAGCGACGCCGCUCAUGCUGGAGACGCAGAGGACCUGAGCCCUGAGGAAGAGGCUGAAAUUGAUGCUGAAGAUGGUGAGAAGAGAGAUCUUCAAGCUGAGGCAGCCCAACUUCAGGCAGAGAGUGAUGCUGCUCACGCUGGUGAUAAUGAGGACUUGAGUCCGGAGGAGGAGGCGGAGAUUGAUGCGGAGGAUGAUGAGUAG